AUGUCGACAUGGGGAGAGCAUUUCAGGGUCACCACCUACGGUGAAUCCCACUGCCGAUCUGUCGGAUGCAUCGUCGAUGGCUGCCCUCCCGGGAUGGAGCUCACCGAGGAUGAUAUCCAACCUCAGAUGACUCGGAGACGUCCUGGUCAGAGCGCUCUGACAACCCCUCGCAAUGAGAAAGACCGCGUGGAAAUUCAGUCGGGUACCGAAUUCGGCGUCACCCUGGGUACACCCAUUGGCAUGAUGGUUCGCAAUGAGGACCAGCGACCUAAGGACUAUGGCGGUAGCACAAUGGAUCUGUACCCUCGACCCAGCCAUGCCGAUUUGACCUACCUCGAGAAAUAUGGUGUCAAGGCCAGCAGCGGAGGUGGCCGGAGCAGUGCCCGCGAGACGAUCGGUCGUGUUGCGGCUGGAGCCAUUGCGGAGAAGUACCUGCGUCUUUCCCACGGGGUCGAGAUUGUAGCGUUUGUGUCCUCCGUGGGCAACGAGCACCUGGUCCCCCCUACCCCGGAACAUCCAACUCCGUCGACCAAUCCCGAGUUCUUGAACCUCCUCGAGACGAUCGACCGCAACAAGGUGGACUCGUUUAUCCCCACCCGCUGUCCCAAGGAGGAAGCGGCCGCACGCAUGACCAAGGUGAUCGAGCAGUUCCGGGAUAACCAGGACAGUAUCGGCGGCACGGUGACGUGCGUCAUCCGAAACGUCCCCGUGGGCCUGGGAGAGCCCUGCUUCGACAAGCUCGAGGCCAAGAUUGCUCACGCCAUGCUCAGUAUCCCGGCCACCAAGGGAUUCGAGAUCGGCUCCGGGUUCGGCGGCUGCGAAGUGCCCGGUUCGAUCCACAAUGAUCCAUUCGUGGCAUCGGAGGUGGAAAUCCGCAAUGGCAACGACAUGAGCUCCAAGCAGCAGCUGACCACCAAGACCAACAACUCGGGUGGUAUCCAGGGCGGCAUCUCGAACGGCGCAUCGAUCUACUUCCGGGUGGCGUUCAAACCCCCAGCGACGAUCGGCCAGGCCCAAACCACUGCCUCGUACAGUCUCGAGGAAGGUAUCCUGGAAGCCAAGGGCCGUCACGAUCCGUGCGUGGUGCCCCGUGCGGUCCCUAUUGUCGAGGCCAUGUCUGCUCUAGUUAUCAUGGACGCUCUGAUGGCCCAGUAUGCUCGUGAAAGCGCCAAAUCCCUCCUGCCGCCUCUGCCCAAGACGAUUCCGACCCGUCCAACGAUUGGUUCUCACGGUGCUGCGUGA